AAAGGAAAAAUAAAAAAGUUCCCCAAACGCUCCUCAUAUAAAAGCGCAAAAGCGGCGCCAAACGGGACUUUACCACCAAUUCCAAAAGUAGAUGAAGCAGGAAAUUGAAGAAGAAAAUGGGGGAUUCUCAGACCGAUUCGAACUUCUUCAGUGUUCGAAUUGUUUCAAUAGACUAUUACAUGGCCGCUCCAAUUCCUGGCUUCGACAUUUGUUACAGCAGUUUCCAAGGUGGGAGAGUUAAUGAGGUUCCUGUGAUCAGAGUGUAUGGUGCCACUCCAGCUGGCCAGAAGACCUGUUUGCACCUUCAUGGAGCUCUGCCUUAUUUUUAUGUUCCAUGGUCAGAUCUCUUCCUCCAAUCAGAUCAAAAAGGGAGUGAAUGCACGAAUGCUCUAGCUCUUGCUCUUGAGAAGGCGCUCAAGCUUAAAGGCAAUGCUGGCUCAAAACGUCAACAUGUCCAUGGCUGCAGCCUUGUACGAGCAAGGAAGUUUUAUGGUUAUCAUUCUUCUGAGGAACUGUUUGUGAAGAUCUAUCUCUAUCAUCCACAGGAUGUCUCGCGUGCUGCCAAUCUUCUUCUGGGAGGUGCAGUAAUGGAUAAGUCAUUACAGCCCCACGAAUCUCAUAUACCUUUCCUUCUUCAAUUCCUGGUUGACUAUAACUUGUAUGGGAUGGGUCAUCUACAUGUAUCAAAGAUGAAGUUCCGCAAUCCAAUACCAGAUACUUUCUCUCCAAGAAAGGCUAAAUGCUUUGACAGAAGAAGGUAUUCUGAUAUGUCCACUUCCAUGACUGCAGAGUUUCAGGUUGAUUUAGGUGGUGAGGCUUGUUUCAACACACCAAUUUGGGUGUCUUCUACAAUUCCGGACAAUUGGAUAUGGACAGGCUCUAGUCAGGCUGAUCCUUCAACAGAUCCGGAUAUCCCUAACAUUAAGCGACAAAGUAUCUCUGAACUUGAAGGAGAUGCUAUUGUUGAUGGUUGCAAUUCUGAAUCAGCAGUUUAUAUCCUGUAUGUCCCUUUCACAGACCAGCUCCCAAGAGAAAAUGGUUCAGUCACUAAUACCAAUUUGGGAGGUUUGUCAAUAGCCAAGUUUAUUGAGGAGGAGUUUGCAAGGAAUGGGGUGCACGAAGUGGGCUUGCCUCCUGAUCCUGGUAAACCCCUUCGAGAUGAUGUCUUGAGAACACUUUCUCAUGGGCUUGGAUAUGAAGAGAUUCUAAUGGAAUUAAGCAAUGAUGUGAACACUUCUUCUGAUAUUCCGCAGUCAAUCAACUCAUCAAUGAAUGAUGGGAGCGUUGCCAAACAUGUACAUUGUGGCUCUUUAAAUAGUAUACGGGAACCAUCCCGAUGCUCAGAAGAAGGGUUAUUUCAAGAUCAUGUUGUUGUUGAAUCAAGGGAGAAAACGGAUGCAUGUCCCAAGCAGAUGUUAGCUGAUAAAUUGAAAACAGCUGUUUCCGUGGUACCAUCACAGGAUUUGAAGGCUUCAGAUCAGGAUGCCUUGAGACUUCUAAAUUGGCUUGCAUCUUCUCAAGCUUCAGAGGACAUAAACUCCGAUGAUGACCUUGCUCGGGAAAUCAUUUUGAGUCCUUUAAUGCCAGCAGCGACUAUUAAUACGGUGUUGGAGAAGGCAAAUGUGGCCUAUGAGAAUGAAUCUCAGCAAGAGUGUGAGGACAUUCUUGAUUCUGUUCAUGGUUGUCAUUUUGAAGAAUUAGACAAAAAAGCUUCUGAGUCCAUCAGCAGUGAUCGUUCGUGCAGAAGUUCGCCGGCUGUGAUGAUUCCUCAGCUGGAUGGCUCCAAUGAUGAUCCAAGCCCACAUAGAAAACUCGGAACAUCUUCCCAAGCAGAUUCAUUGAAUAAUGCUAGUUUAGCCAUUAGCAAUAAACACAAAAAGAAAAAACCAGGAUGGUGCUCUUUACCCAUUUCUUUGGGUCAAAAUGUGAAUGAUUGUUCACAUCCAAAUCCAGCUAACACAUCUAGCAAUCACAUUUGUGGCGAAAGAGAUGACAGAGGAACUUCUUCUCACAUGAGUUUUAACAAAUACCCUAAUUUUCUAACGGGAAGUUUGAAUGCAUCUGCUAAUUGUGAAAUGGAAGCUAGUAUGAUAGUUGAAUGCUCUACGCGUGAUUUGAUGAGGGUAAAAAGAUCCUAUCAUGCUGAGUCUCCUGAGUAUGAAAAUCAGGUAAAAAAAGUACAACUUGGUGCAAAAGGAAAAGAAGAUUCUUUUCUUUAUGCAGAAUCCAGACAUGAUGAGAAAGAGAAAAUGCCUCUUGAUUCCUUGAUAUCUCGAUCAGCAUUCACGGAUCAACCAAAAGAAUGACAUGAGAGGAACUCAUGUCUUGCACUUCAGAUGCAGGCUGAUCCUGGUGAUAUCAAAGCUGACAAAUCUAAUUGUCCUUCAUAUGGUAAGUUGCCUCUUUCAUCCUGCUCUCUGCUGGCAAAUGCAUUAAAAGAUGGAGUGUUUCUUUCUUCUGAAGGACCUCAUGUUGAUGUUGUCAGCAGAACAUCUGCAAGUUUGCAAAAUUAUGGAACUAGUGAUGCAUCCACCUCACAGGGGACUAAAGAACUAUUCCAGCUUCCUGAUGUUGAGAAUAAAAAAUCUGCCAUUUACAUGGGAAGCUGUGGAUGCUCUAGUCGCGAAAAUGUUGACAGCUGUGUGAAAUGUACUAAAACUUCAAAUUCUGAUCUUUGUGCUUCUGUAUUUGCUCCAUAUUCUCAGUUCGCAUCUGAAACUGAAGGUAAAUUUACUGGUUUUGGGAAAUUGCUGCAAAAAAAUGCAGUAGGUUUAAGUCAAUCUCCUGUUGGUCCUAAUAGUCCAACAUCUGCAGUAACUGGUGUAUCUGGUGACUCUGUGGAACUUAUAGGCAUGACCUUCAUCAAGAAACCUCCUAAGGUGGAGUUCACAGAUGAACCUGGACGGAAUGCUCAGUUAGCAUGUGGUGCCCCUAGUUACCAUGUGGGGAACAAGAGAAAUAAAACAAGGACAUGUGCCAAGGAUAGAGGUUUAAAUGAAUGCUCCCCUUUCUUUGAGGGGAAAUGCCUAGCAGGAGAAAAGAUUUGCAGUACUAGUUCUGGAACAAGCAACUACAUUCAUUGUCAAGACAACAUGUUGGGUGUACCCAUUCACUAUCAAAAUGAUGGGUCUUAUUUAUACAUGCUGACUCCUGUAUAUUCACCACCACGAAGUGAAUGUGUUCAACAAUGGCUGUCACUUGAUUGUAUAGAAUCUUCUAAAAUGAAUGUAGUUUCUGGUCCACCAGUGUACCCGUCAAUAAAGGUUUGCUCUGAUGAUGUAGCAGAAUCACAGGGUUCUCAAUCCACCUUUGGUGAUCAACCUUUGAUGGAUUCUGUCUCUGCUUCAGAACCAAAUCCAAAUGAUCUUCAAGCUAAAGAAACUUAUCAGGAAAGCAAUAGUGUACUAAUGAAUUCUGUUUCUCCCCAUGCUAGAAUAAAACAACAAAAUGAAGAUAUUAUCUUGAAAUGUGAACCAUCAAUGCGUGGCUCUCAAGAUCUCUCCCAGAUAUCCGGUCCUGAUGGAAAAUCAAGGCUAACUCCUUUAAGUCAAACUGGUUUUCGGGACCCUUCUAGUAUCGGUUGUGGACAGCAGUUAACAAUAUUGAGCAUAGAGGUCCAAGCAGAAUCCAGGGGUGAUCUGAGACCUGAUCCUCGAGUUGAUGCCAUAAGAAUUGUUGUUCUCGUUUUCCAGGAAGAUGAUGAUCUAAGAUCUGAUACUCACGUACUUGUGCAUUGCAAUGGUGAAUCUGUUCAAAAAGACCUUGAUGGAUUAUCUGAGUGUAAAGUUUUCACUUUCUCUGAAGAGAGGCAAGUAUUUGUUCAUUUCAUAAAGAUGAUUAAUUCUUUUGACCCAGACAUACUUAUGGGCUGGGAUAUUCAAGGCGGUUCCCUUGGGUUUCUUGCUGAACGGGCUGCAUACCUUGGCAUUGGUUUGCUUAACAAAAUAUCUCGCACUCCAUCAGAGGGCAAUAUAGUUUCUGGAGAAUCUGAAGGAGGAAAACUAAGUGAUGUUUUUUCUGAAGCAGUUGCAACUGACCCAAUGUUUCAUGAAGAUGCUGCAAUAAUUGAUGAUGAAUGGGGCCGAACUCACGCCAGUGGUGUCCAUGUUGGGGGUAGAAUUGUCCUUAACAUUUGGCGGUUGAUGCGUGGCGAAGUGAAGCUGAACUUGUACACGCUUGAAGCUGUGGCUGAAGCAGUGCUGAGACGGAAAGUUCCAUAUAUUCCUACCAAGGUAUUGACAAAUUGGUUUUUAAGUGGUCCUGGACAUUCAAGAUACAGAUGUAUAGAGUAUGUUUUAGAGAGGGCAAAGCUGAACCUUCAUAUCAUGAAUCAACUUGACGUGGUAAAUAGAACAUCAGAGCUUGCACGGAUUUUUGGCAUUGACUUUUUUUCAGUUCUUUCAAGGGGUUCACAGUACCGUGUUGAAUCAAUGUUUCUGAGGCUGGCUCAUGCACAAAAUUAUGUUGCUGUUGCUCCUGGAAACCAACAAGUUGCUUCUCAACCUGCCAUGGAAUGUAUACCCCUUGUCUUGGAACCAAAAUCUGGAUUUUAUGCAGACCCUGUUGUCGUUUUGGAUUUUCAAUCACUUUAUCCAUCUAUGAUAAUUGCAUAUAACCUCUGCUUCUGUACUUGCCUUGGUAAAGUUACUUCUGCAAAAACUAAUAUCCUCGGUGUUAGUUCAUAUUCACCUGAUAAAAAUGUGAUGCAUAAUUUAAAGGAUGAAAUACUGCUCACUCCAAAUGGUGUUAUGUAUGUGCCUCCCAAGGUCCGGAAGGGGGUAUUACCUCGCUUAUUGGAAGAAAUUUUAGAUACUAGGAUUAUGGUUAAAACAGCAAUGAAGAAAUUGGCUCCUGGACAGCAAGUUCUUCAUCGGAUAUUCAAUGCGAGGCAACUUGCUUUGAAGCUAAUAGCCAAUGUGACCUAUGGGUAUACAGCUGCUGGAUUUAGUGGACGCAUGCCCUGUGCUGAGCUCGCUGACAGUAUUGUCCAGUGUGCCCGUAGAACAUUGGAAAGUGCAAUUUCAUUUGUUAACACAAAUGAUAGGUGGAAUGCUAAAGUCAUAUAUGGUGAUACAGACAGCAUGUUUGUACUCCUUGAAGGACGGUCCAUUGAAGAAGCUUUUAGAAUUGGUCAUGAAAUUGCAUCAGAAGUAACUGCAAUGAAUCCAAAUCCAGUCACGUUAAAGAUGGAAAAGGUUUAUGAUUCGUGCUUCCUCCUUACUAAGAAACGAUAUGUUGGUUAUAGUUACGAGAACCUUGGCCAAAGCAAACCAGUGUUUGAUGCUAAAGGUAUUGAGACAGUACGAAGAGAUACAUGUGGGGCUGUGUCCAAGAUAAUGGAGCGCUCUAUAAGAGUCUUUUUUGAAUAUAAAGAUAUUGAGAAGGUGAAACAUUACUUGGUGCGUCAGUGGAAAAAGAUUAUAUCAGGCAGAGUAUCUCUUCAGGAUUUUGUCUUUGCAAAAGAGGUACGCUUAGGCACCUAUUCUGCACAGGCUUUUUCACUUCCACCAGCAGCAAUUGUUGCCACUAAGGCAAUGAGAGUCGACCCUAGGGCAGAACCUCGGUAUGCAGAGAGAGUACCUUAUGUUGUGGUUCAUGGUGAACCUGGUGCCAGGCUGGCUGAUGUCGUGGUAGAUCCCUUGGAUCUUCUUUCGAUUGAUUCACCUUACAGGUUGAAUGACAUAUAUUAUAUCAAGAAACAGAUAAUCCCAGCUCUGCAACGAGUAUUUGGGCUCGUUCGAGCUGACUUGAAUCAGUGGUUUUCAGAUAUGCCUCGUCCGGAGCGGGAGGCUGCUGGUAAACGUCACCCAUUUGCUGCAAAUGCGCACAGAACUAGAAUUGAUUAUUACUAUAUGUCAAAACAUUGUAUCCUAUGCGGUGAGUUGAUCCAGGCAUCUAGUUACGUCUGUCAAAACUGUUCCAGAAACGAAGCUGUAGUUGCAGCUGCAUUAACAGGAAGAACUUCAAUAUUGGAAAGAAACAUCCGACACCUUGCUGCUAUAUGUCGGCACUGUGGAGGAGGAGAUUGGCUUGUAGAAAGUGGGGUGAAAUGCAUAUCUCUUGCAUGCUCUGUUUUCUACGAAAGGAGGAAAAUCCAGAAAGAACUGCGAUCUCUUUCUGCUGUUACUACAGAAGCAGGUUUUUAUCCCAGUUGUGUCGUGGAAUGGUUCUAACUAAUGCGUCUUCUGCGUCAAAGAUGUAGUGUGAAGGGUAUUUAGGUAUCUAACGAACAAAAUUUAUACAUAUGUUGUACCACAUUAUAUGAAUUUUUUGUAAAUAUAAAUGUAUGUACUUUCCCUAGUAGAUCUUCUAAUAGUCCUGUAAAAUAAAUUAAGCCUUGUAUA